UUGCAUGUGCUCACAAGCAUUCGCUUAAAAAUGGAAUCCAUCUCGAGCGCUUGUGCAUACCUGUUGUAAUUACCUACGGCUUUCUUUUGGCUGCUAAACACUAGCCCAUACUCAUCGUGUAGGCGAUGUCUCAUUUUGAGGAGAAUGUGUAAGUAGGAUUGUGCCACACCAUUUUAAUUUUGUAAUACACUGAAAUUUGAACACCAAAUGUAAUUGGAAAUGAUCCUAUAUGGCUAGUUCGUCUUUUUUUACCAUUUGUAUAAUUUGCUGCUUUUUCAAGCAGUUUAUAUUAAUGUACACGACUAUAGCCUACGUUGUUCUCAUACUUUAUUUUAAGCACAAUUCCUCAUCUAUAUUAAAGUGCGUUCAUACGUGAGUUUAUACUUGGUCAUUUGCUGCGUUUUCAAGCAGUUUAUAUUUACGUACAUGACUACAGUCUAGGUCGUUCAAGGAAAAAGAAGGAACCGCCAACUUCGCGCGCUUAGGCUAAGAGCGCGUGUUUGUUUUCGCGCUGCUGAAUUAACAUUAACAGUUGGAACUAUGGGGAUAAACACGGAACAUUUGGUCUUUCCGAAAUUUGGAUAUAAAAAGGGGGGUAAAUCGUGUUUUUUAUUUAUUUUUUACUUUUUGCAGCAAGUAGCUCGCCUAUGAACUUCAGACCACAAACGUCAAUAAAUCCAAAACAAUAUGGUAAAAACAAUGGUCACAGCUUGGAUUGAGUUGCGGUCUCGAGCAUAGUUUCGAUAUGACGGACCGUCAAAGCACAGGCAUUCGACUUUGUGUGUGCUUGCGUGCGUGUGUGUGCACUUCCACCUCGAGCGCCUAUGCAUACCUGAUGCUUAUAAUUACCUACGGCUUUAUUUUGGUUGGUCUAAACACUAGCCCUUUGCAUCAGUGACUGAAAGGUGAAUACCAAAUGUAAUUGGAAAUGAUCCUGGAGGAAUACGGCUAGUUCAUCUCUUUUUUUUUUUUUUUUUUGUAAACCAUUUGUAUAAUUUGCUGCGUUUUCAAGCAGUUUAUAUUUAUGUACAUGACUAUAGCCUACGUUGUUCUCCAAAUACUUUAUUUUAAGUGCAAUUCCUAACCUUCGUACGUUUGUUUAUACUUGGUGCCGUUGGAUCCGACGUCCAUGAGCUAUUUCUUUGUGCUCGUUCAGCAUGUUUCUCCUGGUAACUGUGUGUUUUGUACUUCGUUUUACAGGGUCGUCUCUCGCUGCCUUUGAGGUGAGCGUCCCGCAGCGGAGGGUGCUGGCGGUGCGAGGCCGGCCGGUGGUUUUGGGGUGCAGCUACGCGCCCAGCAACAGUCUGGAGGGCCUGGUGGUGACGUGGCAGACAGCGGAGGACAACUUGGUCCUGCACAGCUUCUAUCAUGGGCAGGACCAGCUGGACAAGCAGAACGCCCGCUACCGGAACCGCACCUCGAUGUUCCGGCCCCUGCUCGGCGCCGGAAACGCUUCUCUGAAGCUGGACCGGGUCGGCCCGCAGGACUCCGGGCGCUACCUCUGCUCCGUCGACAGCCUGCAGGGAAAUGGCAAAGCGGAGGUGCAGCUGGAGUACGCGGCGUUCUACACCGAGCCCAAGCUCAACAUCCAGGUCCACCCCAGCAACAUCAGCCUGCAGUAUCAGAGCGAGGGGUACCCCGCGCCCCAGGUCCAGUGGACCGACUCCGCGGGCCGCAACCUGACUGCCCGGGAGGAGCUGUCCGGGCCCGGGGAGGACGGGCUCCUGUCCCUGAGGACCAGCGUGACGCUGAAGGACCCCGGUCCCGGAGUCAACCUGAGCUUCACCCUGAGGAACGCCGCCCUGGGACAGGUGCUGGAGAGGCCCGUCUGCCUCAGUCUGGCUCCCUGUGACCCUGUAAAUGGGACCAGAGUGACCAUCCCGGUCAUUUGCGUUCUCUGCCUGCUGUGUCUGGUACUGGCGGCCAUCCUGUGCGUCCAACGCAAGAGGAUCGGAAGGCAACGUGGAUAAAAACGGUGACCCCCUAGGAACAGCUUUUGCCUCUAUUAUUGAUUCCAUUGGUUUUGUACAGAAUGUUUGUGAGCCCUACUCACUACCGUGGCCAUACCUUAGACUUAGUUCUGUCCCAUGGUAUUAGUGUGGUAAAUCUUACCGUCGCACCUCAUAACCCUAUACUAUAAGAUCAUUUCCUCAUUAUGUUUAAUAUUAAGGCAUCCAAUCCACCUGUAUCAGAGCCUAGACAUUACUACAGCCGAUCAGUAAAUUCUGGGGUUAUUCCAAAGUAUAUAAUUAUGCUUCUGGGGUCAUUCCUCUCCACAGAAGAAAAGGCUGAUGAAAAUGCUGAUGAAGUUGCACUGGACCAAUUGACUAACCAGCUAACCCUUACCCUCAGGAACACUCUUGAUGCUGUUGCCCCCCUUAAAAGAAGAAACCCUAG